UCCAACAAACACUUAAAAGCUGAGCGUCAAGAAGCCUUUCAGCACCUUCAAAACCAAAAGAAUAAGUAUAACAAAAGAUACACCCAAUUUGUUGCCAAAUGUGGUCAGCCAGAAUCAGCCAUCCCCGAAUCGAUUCAUUUAAGCCAACUCAUGUCCGACCUCGACCCCCCUGACUCCGAGGAAUUCAAAGAAGUUUAUUUCACCAGGUUCGGGCCUAUCAAAGGAAAGAAAUACCUCACGGAACUCAACAAUGAAGCCUCACUCUACGCCUUAACUAGUUCUACUAGCAACUUCAAAACCAGAAAUCCCAUAAUCCGCUACAGUGAUAGUAGAAUUUUCGGCAUCAUGAUCAAUACCGGUGCUGCCAAGAAAUCCACUGUCAGACUGUUGUGGUAUGACUGUCAGAGCCGCUAUGGGCCAUCCCUGUCUAUCUACAGGGAUAUAGCAUAUCCAUGUACUAGUGCAGUAUUCAGGGUCCAUGUGGUCCCUGCACGACUGUUAUUACAAUCAACACCAAGAGCUUUGUGUUACUAG